AAGGAAUAAUGUCCAUCAGGAAAUCACAGAAAACAGUAAUAGUACACUCUGAACACCAAAAUAUGAGUCUACCACGUUGCUAGUACUUUGCUGUUUUGCACCGUGGUUCAAAUCAGGAUUUUCGCUUUGUGCCACGUUAAAUAUAAGGAAUCACUCCAUUAGCCUUGAGGAUCCGAAGCUUGUUACCUUAUUGACGGCGCCCAGAGUCGCUGUCGCAGUGGAUCAGCCACCAGACAGCAUGAGCUUAUUACCGAAAAAUGUUCAACUAGCUUUGUGUUGACGGGAGGUGGCCUUAGGAAGCCUGAAAAGCCGAUGCCCCAGGCCGGGGCGCCACCUCAAUGCAGAAAGACAUGGUUAAGGCCGAUGCCUUCGUGGACAGCCAGCUUGAGCACAGGCUGGCGCCCUUGGUGGCCGGCCAGGAGCUGGCGUCAGCUGUAAUUCAGGACACGGUGAAGUAUCUGGGAAUACAGCCGACUGCCAUAUCGCAGCUGAAUGGUCCUUACCUUCAAGUCCGACCUGCUGGCUCAGAUGCUUCGGACAUCUUACUGGUGGGCAGCUGGCGCACUCAUUACCAGCCGGGGGGCGAUGCUGCCAGCGGUCCCGUCCUCGACAGCAUGCAGCGGGUGAUGACAAAGCCUGCCCCCGUGGCGCAGCUUCAUGCAGCAAAGAGCGACGGGUCUCAGCUGCAAGCAAACACUUACGCACCCGCCAGGGCUCUCGUUACGCAGGCUGGAUCUCUGACGGCCCCUGGCGCAGCAGCAGCACUCGCAACAGAUGGGCUGCAGGCACCGCAGGCGGCAGGGGACCAGGGCCCUGGCCGGUAUAACGGGGUUGGCGCCAUGCAUCAUGCGCUCGAACAGAUCCGCAGCUCUGAGCAGCGUGCGGGAGACGGCCUACAAGAAGGGCCUUAUCUUGGACAUCAGGGCCUUGUUUUCUCUACUGCUAUGCCGCCCCGCAGUGCUGGGCCCAUCAUUGAGGAGUGUCCCUCUGACGCUGAGCCGUCGUCACCGCGGAAACAUGGACAUCAGCAGCACCGGCAGCACCAGCACGAGAACCAUGCGCAGCAGCGGGAGCAGCAGCACGUGAACGGUGAGGCCGUGGCCGGCCGCCUCCACGGCGUGUUACACGCCGAGCCCAUUGUGCAACUGGCUGAUUCCCUGUCUGGCCCAGAUCGCGUCGUGGAGGAUGCGGCUGCCCUGCCACAGCAGCAGCGUUUGCAAGAAGUCGAGGAAGAGCUGAGGCAGCAGCAGCUGCGAUCAGCGGAGCACCACUCGCAUGCACUGCGGGGCGCAGCGUCGCCUGCCGAUGGACAUGUCGUGCGGCUGCAAGGUCCUGGAAUGGUGGCCGCAAGCGCGUUUGCAUCUGCUGCAGCCGCAGCUGCCGCCUAUUCUGGGGGAGCUGCUGCUUCUCCUCCUGCUUCUGCUUCUCACGGAGUAGCAGGGCUCUCGAACGCGCUCGUUCCAUCAGUUGCCAAUCCCUUGCUGCUCAGCCCGCGCCCCCGUUCGGAAUGGGAGCUUGACCCGAACAAAAUCGUUAUGGGUCGGCGGCUGGCGGUGGGCGGCUUUGGGGAGGUGUUCAUGGCCAAGUAUGAGGGCACGCUGGUGGCGGUGAAGCGGCUGCUGGCUACGGAUUCAGACACCACCAAGCGCUUCGUGGACGAGGUGCACAUGCUGGCGAGCCUGCGCCACCCCAACCUGCUUCUGUUCAUGGGCUACACGCUGACGCCGGAGCCGUCCAUCGUGACGGAGUUCAUGGCGCGCGGCAGCCUCUUCCGCAUCCUACGCCAAGCGGGCAACCGGCCGCCCGAUGCACGGUUCCAGCGUGCAGUGGCUGUAUCGGUGGCGCGCGGCAUGGCUUACCUGCACAGCCGCCGCCCUCCCAUCCUGCACCUAGACCUCAAGAGCCCCAACGUGCUCGUGGACGACCGCUGGAGGGUCAAGAUUGCAGACUUUGGCCUGUCGCGUGUACGGCAACGCACCUACGUGUCAUCCGGUGCCACUUCCGGCUCGCCUGAGUGGAUGGCGCCCGAGGUACUUCGCUGUGACCAGUAUGCGGAGGCAGCGGACGUUUACAGCUACGGUGUGGUGCUGUGGGAGCUGCUGACCGGCCAGGCGCCCUGGGCGGACCUGAACGCCAUGCAGGUUGUUGGUGCCGUGGGCUUCGCUCGGCGCACCCUGCCAGAUCCCUCUGAGGGCGAUCAACUCCUCCUGCACCUCUGCAAGGCCUGCCGCGCACACGACCCCACGCAACGACCCAGUUUUGCGCAAAUUGUCGAAGCCAUGGACAGCCACUUUGGCCCGCCUGCAUUCCCAGGCCCACAACAGCAGGGCGAGCCGGCAGCGGCAGUCGCUACCGUGGGCCCGGUGGCUGAGGCCGGAAACCAGCUGCCACCGCCGCCGCCGCAGCAGCAGCAGCCUGAGCAACCGCAGCUUCACCAGCAGCAGUUGCCGCUGCCUCAACUUCCGGCACCCGAGGGCGCGGUUGUGGAUGUCGAGCAGGUGGCGCCUGCUGCAGCAGCCGCUGAUGGCGCUGGUGGCGAUAGGGCAGCAGCAGCAGCAGCCGGCGGGGCAGAGCGACCCAGCACAAGCGAGCCCAGUGCUGGCACAGCAGCAGCAGCCGGGGCGCGCCACAGCCGCAUUACUCGUCACCAUAGCUUGGCGGAUGUCAUGGGCCCGGAACCGGACGGCAGUGCCGCUGCUGCAGCUGGCAACCUGAGCGGUGGUGGCGGCGCGCCGGCUCGCCUGGACGCGCGGUUCAUGUCCGUACAUGAUUCGCCGCGCUCGCGGCGGCGAUACCGCAGUCCUCGAGGUCAGGACAUGGUUGGCCCGCCCGCCGUUACCGCACGGUUGCAGGAUGGCAGGAAGACGCCCUCGCCACGAACCAUUGGUGGGAGGCGGUGGCGUGGGGGUGCAUUUUCGGACGAUGAGUACGAGUUGGCGCAUGGGUCGCCGCCGCCGCCGCCGCCGCAGCUGGAGGCGGCCGAGGCUACAGCUGCUAACCCCGCCGGAACAGCUUUACAUGGUGCUACAGCAGCGCUAGCAGCAACGGGCAUACGGGGGUCCCAGGUUCCCGCAAUCUCGUCGCCAUUUGCAGCCAUGGCGACAUCGCGCUUUGGCCCGGGCAGCUCUACGGAUGUGAGGAGGUUUAGCUUGAGUGUCAUGCGCUCGGCUGAGGGCGGUGAGGGCGGCGCGCUUGAUGGUGGUGGGCUUCCCGGUGGCGGUGCUGACGGUGCCGGCGAAGGGCCCCAAGCCAUGGAGCUCGGCAGCCCUGAUAAACACUCGGCACUGGCCGCUGGUGCUGUCGAACAAGCGCCGAUUCAGCAGUCGCAGUCGCCACGAAGCCAGGCACAGGAGAAGAGGCGACUGGAUCAGCUGUACACCGCAAGCGCCGUCGCUGCUCCACAGCCUUCGCCGCAAUGGGGGCAGGAGGAGCUGGCGUCCCGGGAAGAACGACAGCAGCCCCUGCAGCAGCCGGAGCAGCCGGAGGAUGCCCAGCAACAGCAGACCGGGCAAGCGACACAGCAGCAGGCGGCCGAGUUGCUACACCCUGCAGUGCAUGGGGAUGGUACGACGGCCCCUGUCGUACAAAGCCGCCCAGGUCAUCGCCGUGUAUCCAGCGACGAAGCAGGCCGCUUGCACCGCCUCCAGGCCGCCGCCGUCGCCAGGGUGGCCGGAGGCGGCUCUGCUGGCGGUGCCCCCACAGGCCCUGCACUACCUCCGCAGCACCAGCAACAACAGCGGUUGCUGGGGUCGGUAGCGCCAUCCGGUGCUGGCCUGUUGCCGCCGCUGGCGCGGCGCAGCCGGGGCCUGGGCCGUCACAGUGCUCCCAUGCGGUACACGUACGGCGGCACUCCAUCUGCGAGCGCCGGCAUUCCGCAGCAGCAGCAGCAGGGUUAUCCCUCGCAGCAGCACCAGCAGCAACAGCUCCUCUUGCAGCUGCCGGCGCGGACCCGGCAGCACCAUGGCCAUAGCCUCCAGGGGCACCCUGCUCACCCUGCGCAGCAACAUGUGCAGCAGCUCAUGGCUGCGGGUAACGAAGCGUUGGGGCUGUUGCAACAGUACGAGCAGCAGCAACAGCAGCGCUUUGGUGGCAGCCAUUCGGCGCCCUCGAUCCCAGCCACUGGCGGGAAUGACGGCGAUGCUACAGCGGCGGCGGCGCUGGGGGCACCCGUGUCGCUCAGCCCGCUGGGUGCUGCUGCGGAGGGUGAGGGGGCGAUGCAGCGGAUGAUGUCUGCCUCUGCGAUGACAGCGGAGGCCCUGUUGAGUGGCGGCGAUCCCUGGCCUGACACACACAGCGAGUUGAGCUUUGCGUUUAUCCUGCGUGAGGACAACGCGAGCGUGUGCUCGGAUGACUACCCCCAGUUGCCGCUGCUGGAGGAGGAUGAAACCGCGGACCGGAUGGCUAUGGACGACCAGGACACUCCCGUUGGCUCGCUGGGAGCAGCGCCAUUCCUUUCUGCAGCGCCAUUCCUUGCAGCAGCGCCAGCUGCCCUCUUGCAGCUCGCUCGGCGACACCGCGACGACGACGCGGAUUUCGAGCUUCCUCGCCCCUUCCUCGCUGCCGAGCCGCGUACCCAGCAGCAUCAUCGCCCUCAACAUGCGGUGGCGGCAGCAGCAGCCGGAGCCGCUGCCCCAGCACCGGCGCCGACCUCCUCUCCCUUUGCAGCGCUGGCAUCGGCUGCCUCUUGGGGCUUGGCCGCAGCUGGCAGUGGGGGCGCGGGGGGCGACGGUGAUGCCAGGGCUGCUCCGCAGGCGGACCUCUGGGCUGCGCUGCAGCAGGCGGGGUCCUCAGGGAGCCGCAUGCGGGGCACGGAGGGCGUCCCGCCCCUGGGCUUCAGUCCUCGAAGCGGCAGCUCCGUUUCGGCGCAGCAGCUGCGACCCCAGCCGCCGCCGCCGCAGGAGUCGCUGGCACAGAGGCCUGCUGAGCAUCAGGCGCAGCAACAGCAGGUGGCUGCCAAGCCUCGAGGAGGUCUGACCACGUACCGCAGCGGCCGGUUCAAGGUCACCAUUGAGCCGGCUGGAGCUGACGGCAUGCCCCCGCCACCAUCACCCCAGCAGCAGCAGCAACAAGCGCCACAGCCGCAGCUGGUGCCCUCCCUUGCCUUGCCCGAGCAGCAACAGGAGCAAGCCUUACACGCCCAGUCUGCAACGCCCCAUGCUUCCGCAUCUCCAUCUAAUGCUGCUGCUGGACAAGCACCAGAGCCGGGCUCGGAUGCGCCUCACCGUCCUCCGCUUCACUCCUCACCCAGCCACGACGGCACAGCGGGGGAACUCGGGCCGUUAGCCUCGGCUGUUGCCGCCGUUAACGGCACGAACGGCGCCCCACUGUCGCCCACUAGCAGCGCAGCACACCUGCUAGCCACCUCGGUUUCAGAGGCCCCCGGUACGGUCAGCCGUCCUCGCAGCAGCCUGCACGGUCAUGGGGAGCUGAGCGCCGGCGGCCCGCCAGUCGCGCUUAACGGUGUGACCAUGUACCGCAAAGGGCGCUUCUUCGUGUCAUCGCAUGCAGCUGCAGGCGUGCAUUCCCUAUCCGUUACCAACCCGCUCGCAACGUCGUCGCAAGCAACUGGUAGCGGAGGCGGCUCGGGCGGUUCAGGCGCGGCCUCACCUUCCGAGUCCGUGCAUGGGGAAUCAGACGAGCAUGACGCAGCCGGCGGUGCGAGCGGCCCGGCAUCGCCGCUUACUGCGGACAACCCCCACGGCAACGUGCAGGCCUACAGAAUCAGCCACAUGCAGGGCAGCCAGAACGGCAGCGGCAGCGGCAGUGGAGGAAGCGCAACGGGUUCUGAAGCGGGCUCGCCAACCGAGGCGGCUGGCAAGCCCCCUUGUGGUCCGCGGCUGCCGCAACAGCAGCAGCAGCCGCCGUCCGCACAGACCGCGUCUGCAAAACUAGCACGACAGUACAGUCGCGGCCGGUUUACUGUGGCUGAAUCGAUUGUGGCGGCGCCGGCACCGGAGUCUCGACGACCGUCUUCUGGAAGCGGGGCUGGGGACAUGAUUUCCGGUGCUGGCCCCGGCAUUGUUGAGGCCACAGAUGCCGCCGCUGCUGGUGCUGCUGCUGUCACUGCGUCGACGCCGCUGCCGCCGGUUUCUCACCCCCCACUCUGGCCGUCCGCGCCAACAGCAACGGCAGCGGCUGCUUGGACCCAUGGGUCGGUUUGUGCAGAGCACAACUACGCAGCUCCCCUGGCUUCCGUCCCGCUGACCAUGCGUAAUCGCAGCUCCAGUAGCCCGGGGUUGCACGCUCAACAGAGCCGCAUGAUGCCUCCUCCGGGGCUGCAGCUUCCGUCCUGUGCCUCGGCCGGGGCAUUGCCCAUCAGUCGCGCAUCGGCACCGGGCAUGGAGGGGUACUGCGGCGCAGGCAUCCCGAGCCCCCGUACGGAGCAGGUGGUCGUACGGAAGGUGGGGCGCUUCACUGUUCGGGAGGUGGAACCGGUGGCAGGGGGCGGCUCUAAUGCGUCAAGUCGAAACCCCAGCAGCAGCGGCGCCCAGCUGGAUGCGCUUGCGUCAGCAGGCAUGGCCGCCGCCGCACCGGCCGAAGGGGCAGCGCUGCAGGGACGCAGCGCCCAGCCCGACGACGCCCUCGUCCUCGCCAGCCUGUACAGCAGCGGUAGCCUCGCCUCGGGCUCUGGCUGUAGUCGCGCCAGCUCCGGCGGUCCUGGCUCUGACGCCAUGGACUUGGUGCACAUGGGCCCGCAGCCUCCGCAUGCGCCUCGGACGCAGCAGGGGCUACAUCGUCAGAUGCUACACCCGCAACCUCCGCCGGAGCAGCAGCAGCAGCUGGCUGCUGUAGCAGCAGCCGGCGCUGCACAGCCCAAGGUGUUGUGUGUCAAGAGCAGGGGCCGGUUCAAAGUUAUUGAGCAUGAGGCCCUUCCGCCGCCUGCGCCUCCUCAGGCGCCGGUUGCCUCUCAGGAGGAUGCAGUGCUGCAGCCUCCGCAGCCGCAAAUUGCGGGCGGUUCGCUUCCAUGCGAGCUGCAAGAGGCUGGUUCGCUACGUCCUCCCCGACCGCCUGCAACCCAGCGGUGCACUUCACCGUCAUGUCCCAUCUCCCAGCAGGCAGGAGCACCCGCUUUGGAAGGCUCCCAUGUCGCGGUUACCCCAUACCAAGCGUGCACAGAACCAGCGCAUGUACAGCAGGCCUCCUCUUCCAUGCCGGUCAGUGCCCAAGCGCCGCCGCCCUCGCAGUCCCAUCACGUACCUCAGCAGACACAGCAAUUUGAGGCCGGCCUUGUGGAUGCGUAUGCUCCCUUGGUGCACGGAGGGGUCCUUCACCCACCGCCGGUGCUGCCUCCGACGUCGGCAUCAGGCGCCUCAGCCGCUGCUGCAGCCAAGCCUGCAGCGCCGGUUGCAGCGCCGCAGGCGCCCUGGGGUGGCUCGCGACCGCAGGCACCUGAGCAAGCGGCUGAGUUGCAUGCAGACAUGGCUCGCAUGGUGCGCGAACGCAUGGAGCGUAAUGCGCAGGGAUGUCAGCAAGCACAAGAGCAACAGCGGUCCCGGCAGCACCAACAACGUGAGAUGCAUGCACGUGGCAGGCGGGCCCAGGAACGGCCCGGAGGAGGCCUGCAAGGAGAAGGGGCAGAGAGGAGAGGAAGGGGCGCGGCUUUAGAUAACGAAGGCGAAGAGGAGGAGGACGAGGGCCCUGAGGAACGCUGCACGUAUGAGCUGUCGUUCGGCGCCGGCCUGACAAUCCAAAUCAGCCAUGACUUGCACGGGGCCCGUGGCGGCCGCGGCGGGGAAGAAGAGGGUGAGGACGAGUUAAUGGUGGAUGUGGGGAUCGUCGAGGAGGCUGAUGGAGAGGAUGAAGGUGGGGAGGAGGAGGAGGGGCGUGGAGGGGAGCAAGGGGAGGACGAGGCGGCGGAAGGGGACGUCGAGGAUUGGGAGGAGCAGCAGCCUUUGCAGCCGCCGGAAACACCGGCGCAUGAGCCUCUGCAUGAGCGGGAGGGCAGCUGGGCGGAUACAGCGCAGCGGAUGUUGCGGAGGCGGCGCCGCUGGCGGAGGCGGCUUGGGGGCUAUGGUGAGGACAGCGAUGAUAGCGACGAUGGUCUGGAGGAGGGCCGUGAUGGAAGUGAAGACGAGGAUUCCAUGGAAAUGCAGUAGGGCAAAUGCAUUCAUUACGUCAGCUAUAGGAACGAAUAGAUCAGAGGUCUUGGCAUGCGGUAAGGAGCAUGGUGCGAGUGGUCGUUUAUUUUUGGGGGCCGAGCCAGAGCAAUGCGCGCUUGUGGCUUCUCAAGGAAUAGGGCUGAAGUGGUUUACGGGAGUGUUGGUCCAGUGCGGCGCCGUUUAGCGUGGAUGGCCGUCGCUGGAACUAACGGUCGCAAGCCUGUUUCCAGGGAAAUGGCUUUGGCUGUUUAGCUGCUGUGUUGUGCUGCUGAGUGCUGUGGCCUGGUCACGGUGUUUAAACAUUUGGUUAAACACCGUGACAACAAAGGUUUCAUGCUACGGUUCAAGUGCUGCCUGCAGGCACCCCAGCUGUGAUGUUUUGCAGCUAGUGUCUCUUGAACUGUUGUGCCGUGAUUCGUGCUUUUUCUUUGUUCAAUUGUUUUUGCAGGUUACAAACGUAGGGGGCAUGUCAUGGGGGCACGAUGAACGCAAAGGGCGGCACGUGUGAUGUGCUCGCCAUCUCCUGUAUUGGGAUGAUGAUGGUGGCGGGGGCCUUCUAGCACGUUAGCAGGCGCAGGUUACUGGCUUUUUUCUUGGACAUGACAUGAUGACAUGACACUUGACAACAUGCGAUGACAUGGAAACACGUUAGCAUGAGAACCCACGAUUCAAGACGCUUAGCAAGUUGACAUGUCGAGCUGUACGAUGCUUUUGCUUUGUUGGGUGACAAUCCUGCAAACAUAAUAUAGACAUCUGAGAGGUACAAAGGCCGAACAGGCUUGCCGCAGACUUUGUUUGUGGUGUCCCGGUUUUCCUCACCGGUGUGACUACUGACGAUAGACUUGGACUUUCGUACAGUGCAUGGGGCACUAGUCUUGUGUAAUCCACUAGGUGCGA